AUGGCGGCCGUCGCUUCCAGACCGGAAACAGCCCAGAUCCUCAACCACGCCCCGACGGCGACCUCCUUCUCCUUCACCCCGUUCCUCCGCCAAACCUACCGCCACGAGCUCUCCUCCGACCGCCCGCAAUGCAAGUCCUUUCUCGCGGGCCACUGCCCCCUCGGCGCCUCCUGCCCGGACCGCCACGCCUCCUCGACUUCGUCGAACCCGUCGGGCGGGCCCUCGCUCGUCUGCAAGCACUGGCUCCGCGGCCUCUGCAAGAAGGGCGAGUCGUGCGAGUUCCUGCACGAGUACAACCUGCGCAAGAUGCCCGAGUGCAACUUCUUCAUGCGCAACGGCUACUGUUCCAACGGCGAGGAGUGCCUGUACCUCCACAUCGACCCGCAGUCCAAGCUGCCGCCCUGCCCCCACUACGACAAGGGCUUCUGCCCCCUGGGCCCGCGCUGCAGCAAGAAGCACGUCAGGAGGAAGCUGUGCCCGUUUUACCUUGUCGGCUUCUGCCCCGAGGGCCCGGGCUGCAAGCACGGCGCGCACCCGCGGUGGAGGACGGACCUGGAGAAACCGAGCGCCAAGGUCGAGGGCGAGGACGAGGCGAAGAAGGAGGGCGAGAGGGAGGACGGCGAGGCGUUCCAGCAGCAGCAGCAGCAACGCGAGAGGCAGAGGGACAUGCACGAUGACCGCGGGCACGGGGAUCGGAGACACGCCGGUCGCGGCGGAGGCAAGUGGCGCGACCGGGGUAACCGGAGGUUCCGCGGACGAGGUCACUGA